AUGCUGGGAGGCCUGGGGAAACUUGCUGCUGACGGCCUGACCUACCGCACUGAGAAGGCCACUGAGGAAGCUGUUCACGCGGUGGAGGAAGUGCUGAAGGAGGUGGUAGACCAUGCAAAGGAGGUUGGAGAGAAAGCCAUUGGUGAUGCCCUAAAGAAGGCCCAGGAAUCAGGGGACAAAGUGGUGAAAGACGUCACUGAGACAGUGACCAACACAGUCACAAAUGCCGUCACCCAUGCAGCAGAGGGCCUGGGCAAGUUGGGACAGUGA